GGUCAUCUACUCCUUGGGCCUGCGCGAUGGGGCACAAGAGAAGAGGGGGUCUGCGGGCAAGAUGGCGGCUACUACGGCCGGUGUGGGACGGUUAGAGGAAGAGGCGUUGCGACGGAAGGAACGGCUGAAGGCCCUAAGGGAGAAGACCGGGCGCAAGGACAAGGAAGAUGGGGAGCCAAAGACCAAGCAGCUCAGAGAAGGGGAGGAGGAAGGCGAGAAGCACAGGGAACUCAGGCUGCGGAACUAUGUCCCAGAGGAUGAGGACCUGAAGAGGAGGAGGGUGCCCCAGGCCAAACCAGUCGCGGUGGAAGAGAAGGUGAAGGAGCAGCUGGAGGCCGCCAAGCCAGAGCCCAUCAUUGAGGAAGUUGACCUGGCCAACCUUGCACCACGGAAGCCUGAUUGGGACCUCAAGAGAGACGUAGCCAAGAAGCUGGAGAAGCUAGAAAAGCGGACCCAGAGGGCCAUUGCUGAGCUGAUCCGUGAGAGGCUGAAAGGCCAGGAGGACAGCCUGGCGUCUGCAGUGGACACCACCACUGAACAAGAGGCCUGUGACUCCGACUAAGGCAUGCCCUGUCCCCUCAUCCGUCUAUCAGGCCUGUCCUGUAGGCAGAUGGUCUUGGGCAAGGGUUGGGGCUGGGCUUGCCAUCACCUCCAGUUUGGCUUUAGAAUAAUGACUCCCUGCCCUCACCGAUGGGGUGAGGUCGGCUCCUUGUCUCCUGAGUGGUCCCCACCAUGCUGAGUAGGGGCAGGGCCAGCAGCAACUCUGUCAGCUUGCUGUAUCUGUAUGUAUGUAUGUAUUUUGAACUUUUUUUUUAAUAUCUGGAAAAAGAAACAAGCCAAUCUGUGUGUGGCAGAAACUUACCAAAUAUUUCCUAGGUCCUUGGGGUACUCUGGGUUUGGGAUAUAGAGGUGAUGUUUUUGUUUGUUUGUUUGUUUUAUUUUAUUUUUUUUAACUUUUUUUAUUGAGUUAUAGUCAUUUUACAAUGUUGUGUCAAAUUCCAGUGUAGAGCACAAUUUUUCAGUUAUACAUGAACGUACAUAUGUUCAUUGUCACAUUUUUUUUUUUUUUGCUGUGACAGAGAUGAUGUUUAAUAUGAGUAAGAUCUGUGUUGGGCUGAGCAUUUGAGGCUGGAGGGAUGGGGAAGGCUCAUGCCUAAUCUGCUGGGCCCGGGUCAUGGCUCAGUCCUUGGUCAGUGGUGAUCAUCUCAAAACCCUCAGGUGGCCGAGACGGUGUCUGGGAGGGUUCUUUUAAGACCUCCCACAGGCUGAGCCCUUGUUAGUCUGUGGGGCAGCUUGGAGAGGCUCCCACCCUGGUCCUCUGUGGACUGCCUCACAGUGAGAGAGAGAGAAGGAAGAGACGGGGCCCAUGAAGGGGGUGGGCAGUGCUGUGGCAGCUCAGCUCCAAGCCGCUACAGACUCGAGGCCCCUGGCGUGGUUCUUCCUCACCCCACCCAGCCCCGGCAGCCCCUCUCCCCACCUCACCAGUCAGAGCUGGACUGUGGCUUCCCUGGGAUGGGGCCCCUGUAUGGGGAAGGGGGGCCCGUUCUGCUAGAGACUAGGGUGUUGUAGGCUGGUGUUUAGGCUGGGCCUCCCAAGGUCCUGGCUUUAGGACCAUGAGCCUCCUCUGUGAAGCUAACUCUCCAGAGUGACCUACUGCCCACAACUCUGACUCCAGGUACCUGUGGCAAAUUAAAAUUUCAUCUCCUCCAAAAUGAUAACACUCUUUAGUUUCCUUCAGAUUUCCCCUUGAGCCUCCUGCCCCUGGCCUGAAUCAUCCGUGUGUUCCUCCCUCUGUGCUAAGUUCUAGGAAUGGAAUUUAAUGGCCCAGCUCUGGAGGACGAUACUGAGGACUCGGGUCACAGAAGUGGAGUGAGUGUGUGCACACAGAGAUCAUCAUACUCAUACAAUAAAGUAAAUGCUUUAACUUAAAAUUACGCUCUAAUAACUCCUCUAAGAAAGCAGUUCUUAGGAAGGGAACAGAAACGUGAAGCUGUGAGUGAACUGAAGUGGUAGGUGGCUUGCUGCUGUGGUAAGCAGUGGAAUGAGGGCAGGACUGAUUCCCACAAGGGGUGGGGAUCAGACAUGCCCCAGUGUCGGGACUGGAGCCAGGCUCCCUCUGCAUAGCUGGGCUCUAGAGCUGGGCUUCCUUUCCUAGGAAUAAAGGAUGAAAAGAUGCUCCCACCUCCUGGGAUUGCAGUUGGAAGCAGGGCGCUUGUCUGUGGCAGGACAGGACUCAGACAGCUGUGACUGGCAGCUGGGCUCCUGCACAGCACCAGCGCUGGGGCUUAAGUAAGGCUGUCCCCAUGAUAUGAGAACCCAGAGAACUAAUGAAAGGUUUGCUUCUGCAUUUACAACCCUGUGUGCCAUGUAGAAAAACAGCCCUGCAGGGAGAGAGAAAAGCAAAAACUAUCAUCUGUGAUGGGCACUCAAACAAAAAUUACAGAAUACGUGAGAAAAUCCAGUGCCUUAAAGAGUGGCCAACAACCCAACAAGCAGGAGAAUUUCUACUCAAAGAAAGUGAAAUGGUAACAUCCUAACGGCUUUAAAAUGAGCAUUUGUUUUAUCACUAGAGAGAUCAAAGAGGGACUGACCCCCACAACUCAAGAACAGGGACUCUGUGUAAGAAGGAACUGAUUAGAAAUCUUGGAAAUAAAGAAUGUUUAUUAAAAUAAGAAACUCCCCAGAAAAGCAAAUGAUAACUUACAGUCAAAGAAGGGAUUAACAAAUUGGAAGUGAAGCUGAAGAUCCAAAAGGUGGCAGAGAGAGAGAAGGAAGGAGAGAUAGAAGGUAGAUUGAAAAUCUUGACUGUCCUUUAGCUGAAAGGAGUUUGGGAAAAGAAAUCCAGAGAAAGAAGGUGCUUGAAGCAGGCGUGGCUGACCGCUUCUGUUUCUGGCAUCAUGGGGGGCCAGUUGCCUAAACUGAUCCUCCCUUUAUAAGCAGCUAAAAAAACUAGGUAAAUAAAUAUUGACAAAUCCUUUAUAUAUGCAUCAAUAAUCUGGCAAGAAAGUAAGGAAUACUCAGGCAAAAAGGUAAGAGAAGCAGCAGAAUGCUGAAGCCUGACCUUUGCCCUGAAGGUAUUUGACAAACCAGGUGAAAUUAAGCAUUGGUUUGGGGGGCCCUCAAUGCCUGGGGACCCAAAGGGCAGCACUCGCUGCGAACUAAUGAUCUGCUCUCCUGGCAUCCCAGAAGGAAAUCAAACCUUGCCACUUACUGGAGUGGAACAAAGUCUCCCCUGAGAGCUGAGCAGGCCCUCAUGUUUGGACACAAGAAAUCUCAGGCCAAGAUUUAGAGUGGUCCCAGAAUGUGGUGGUUUCAGACACUUGAUGGAAGACAAUGUAGAUCCUACCUGAAUGAAUAUUCAUCUCAGUCCUUAGAGAAUCCCCACCAAUAAAGUUCUAAGAAAGAUGAGCAACUUAUGAAAAAGCUCACCAGAUGAACUAGGCAACAGAACACUCAGAGCAAAGGGCAUUAGAAAGAACAUGGUAACGUUAGACUUGCAAAGAUGUCAAAUGUUAGAAUUAUCAGUCAGACAAUUUAAAUGUUUAAAAAUGAUCUAAUAACUAAAAGAGAGGCUUGAAAAUAGGAAUAGAUUUGCAAAAGAACCAAAGUGAUGCUCUAGAAAAAUUAUUAUAGCAGUUUAAAACCUUGUAUCUGUGAAUUAGGGCUAAAGAGACAAUUUGUGAAUAGGAAGCUAGAUCUGAAGAGGUCAUCCAGAAUGCAGCCAGCAAAAUAGACAGAUCAGGAACAUAGAACAAGAAGCUAAGAGAUAACAAGGAUAGGUUGAGAAGAUCGAACAUGUGGUUGGGGUUCUAGGGGGAGAGAAAAGGCAAAAAUGGGGCAGAGGUAAAUUUUAUUUUUUAAUGACAGUGAACUUUUCAAAAUCAUCAAGUCCACAGAUUCAAGGUCAACAAAUCUCAAGCAGAGCAACCAAGAGAAAUCUGCACUCAGAUGUUCUGUCUCUUGCUGAGUGGUGAUCAGUUAGGUACAUUCAGAUUCUCUUUAUGAAUAUUCAUUGAGCUGUGCACAUAUCAUUUGUGCACUUUUUUGAAUGUUUAUUACACCUCAGUAAGCAAGUUUGAGUCAAAUAUUUUCACACCUUGUAUUAAUUAUUCAUUGCUGAAUACAAAUUAUGCCCCAAACUCCUUAAAACAAUAAAUCAUUAUUAUCCGACACUUUCUAGGGGUCAGGAAUUCAGGAGUGCCUUAGCUGAGUAGUUCUAGCUUGGGUCUCUUUGAGAUUGCAGUCAAGAUGUCCUCCAGGGCAGCAGGCAUCAGGAGGCUCAACUGAGGGGGAAGGAUCUACUUCCAGGAUGGGCUUCUACUUCCAGGGCUCACAGGAGUGCUUAUAGAAGCAUCAUGCACACACAAGUCCUUGCUGCGUGGACCUCUCCAUAAGCCUUGCUCAAGUGUUCCCAUGUGGUGGCAGCUGGCUUUCCCCAGAAUGAACAAUCCAAUUGAGAAAGCAGGAGGAAGCUUAGGGGCUUUUUAUGACCUGCUCUUGGAAGUGAUAUUCUGCCACCAUCUAUUUGUUAGAAGCAAGUCACUCCAUCUAGCCCACACUCAAGGAGAGAAGAAUUAGGCUCCACCUCUGGAGGGGAGAUCUAUCUAAUAAUUUGUGAACAUAAUUGAAAACCACUACAUAUCUGGGUACAUGGUAAUAAAUUGGCAGAACAAAAAGACCAAGAAGAGAUCUUAAAAUUAGAAAAGAUAUAUUAACUUUCAAGGAGCAAGCCUGCUGCAGAUGUCUCAGCCACAGCCGGUGUUAACUGGAAUGGUACCUUCUGAUAUCAGUGUUAACUGGAUGAAGCAUAGUUGUCAACUUGAAAUUCUGUACCCAGAGAAAAUAUCUUACAAGUGCAAGAUAUUUUUAGACAAACAAAACUAGUAAUUUUGUCACCAGUAGACUCGCACUAAAAGAAAAUCUAUUUUGGGAUAAUGAAAGUAUUCUAAUGUGGAUUGUGGUGAUGGUUGCAAGUCUAGUUUAGUGAAUCUACUAAAAGCCACUGAAUUGUACACUUAGAUGGGCAAAUUGUAUGAUAUAUUAUAUCUCAAUAAAGCUAUUUUUAAAAAAAAGAAAUAAGCAUUCUCCUUAAAAAAUUUUAACGGGUGUUUUUAGGCUAAAGGGACACAAUCCCAGAUGGAAAAUCUGAAAUAUAGGCAGGAUUGAAGAGAAAGAAAGUGUACAUUUAAAUAGGCAUUGACCUUAUGAAACAAAAAUGUAUUGUAGAUUAAAAGGAAAACUAGGGCUACUUAGAAUACAUAACAAUAGUGUGUAAGUCCGGAGGAGAGAGGAGAUUGGAAUUAGAGCCCUCUAUGAAGCUCACUGAGGAAGAGAGAAAAGACUCCGGUGUACAAGCAGGCCGACAUUUCUAGGAUAACUGAAAGAACAGAAACAGAAUGCAGCCUUUCCAAAAUAACUGAGGGGAAAAAAACUGGAGUGAAAAAAAAAAUCCAAAAGAUAGCAAAGAAAAAAGGUGGGACAAGUAAACAAAUCCAAAUAUAUCAUUAAUUACUAUUAAUGUACUAGGCCACUUUUUUUUUUAACUCAGUCUGAUGCCUUUUUUUAAAAUUGCGUUAUAGUCAGUUUACAAUGUUGUGUCAGUUUCUGGUGUACAGCACAAUUUUUCAGUUAUACAGUCUGAUGCCUUUUUGUAAAAGAAACCUAAACCCAAAUCCUUGAAACAGAGAGGUUGAAAGUGAAGGGAUUAGAAGAGCUCUGUCAAGCUCAAGAUCAACAGAAGGAAGCUGAGGUGAUGCCAGACAAGGGAGACCUUCAGACAGGAGGGUUACUAGCCACACCAUCCUGUGUGUGGCGGAGCAGCGGGCCUCCUACCUGCCGCCUAUGGGGGUGCCGGAUGGUAAGACCGCUUUAGAAAAGUUGAGCACAUGCACAGCCUGAGUCCCAGCAAUUCCACUAUCAGUGUCCGAGAGCACUGGAAUAGCAGGAGCCAGGGACAGGAACACUAAUAGAAGUGUUUGUAUUAACACACAUACACAGUAAAACACAGAGAUGAUAAUGAGUCAUGGUUCUGACAGUGGAAUACUCGUGGGUGGUAAAGUCCGUGCAGAAGAGCGAGGUGGUGAUCCUCAACGCCGAGCUGGGGGCCCUCAGACAGUCAUAGUGCUCUUUUUCCCGACUUCAGUGAUGGGAAUUCAUUUUAUCCUCUAUCCAUUCAUUUUACACACUUUUGGGGUAUAUUUGCUAUACUUUGCACACAUACUUUUUUAAAGAGAGAAAUUUCCAGUAUUCACAAACUAAAUUACUCGGUAAGUGUGAAGUAGAAUUUUUUUGAGUGUCCACAUCUGCACGGUAUAGAUUAGAACAUCUAAUGGUCUAGACUAGAACAUUGAGGAUAAGGAGAAAAAAAUCCUAUAAACUACAUGGGAGAAAAAAAAACCACAGAUUGCCUACUAAUAAAUGAGUUCUACUUUUCAUCAAGAGUAGAUACUAGAGACAAAUUUUUCCUAAGUGCUGAAGAAACAGAUGUAAGUCUGAUCAAUUAUCCUAAGUGAUAAGGGCAAGAUAGAUACUUUAGGCUUAUGACACUGUUUAAUAUGCACUGAUCUUCGCUGAAAGAACGGCUAAAGGAUGCUCUGUAGCAAGAGCGGGGUGGGGGCAGGGAGAUGGAUAUGGGAAUCAGGACUGCAUCUGGCAGACGCUUAUAUACAGGCUCUUCAACAAGGAGGGCUUUGUUGUUACAUUACGUCUAAGGUGGUACAGUGGCUCCUUGAGGUCACCAGGGACAUGAGUCCCUUGUGUGUCCCCAGCUGCCGUCCUUGGCUCCCCAAGAGCCUUUGCACCCCUGGGUUCAAGCUGCAGGCAGGAGGGGGAAGGGCAGAGGGCAAGGCCAGCUGAAGAAACCAUGGCUUCAAGCUCAGUCCCCCUUGCUUGCCUUCACAUCUCAUCAGCCAUUACUGUGUCGGUUCCAACCCUAACUGCAGAUGUGUGGGGAGUAAGGGUAUUUUAAGCUGGGCACAUUGCCACCAUGAUUGAAUUUGAGGUUCCAUGAGAAAGGAAGAAGGGUAGAAAGAGUACUGGGAAGGCAGCCAGCAGUGCCUGCCACAGCAUGCAGGAAGAAGUGGUGAGCAAAGAAACUGGUAAACAUUGCAAAAAUCGGUAAUUGACUAACAAAUAAAGACUGAUAAAGAAAUAAAGAGGAGACACAAAUUAGGAAUACUGGGAAUGAAUUAAGGCUAUCACUAUAGACCCUACAGGCAUCAGAAGGACGGUAAAGGGAUACUGUAAAUAACUACCCACGUAAAUUUGACAAGUUGAUGAAAUGCACUAAUUCCUUGAAAACCACAAACUGUCAUAGCUCACCCAAGAUGAAAAAAAUCAUUUGCAUAGCCCUGUAACUAUUAAAAAAAUACUGAAUUCAUAUUUUAAAACCCCUGAAAAAGAAAUCUCCAAGCCCAGGUGGUUUUACUGGAGAAUUGAUACACAGGUUUAAUGCAAUUCCUAUCAAAAUCUCAACAAGAUCUUUAUCUAGGUAUAGACAAGGUUAUUCUAAAAUGUUAUCAGGAAAGUUAAAAACUUGAUCACACAGGGAAUAUAGCCAAUAUUGUAUAAUAACUUUAAGUGGAGUAUAAUCUGUAAAAGUUGUGAAUCACUGUUGUACACCUGAAACAUACAAUAUUAUAAAUCAACUAUACUUCAACCAAAAAAAAAGCUUAAACAAUUUUUAACUAGAAGAAUAAAGCAGGAGGGAUCAAUCUACCCAUUUCAAAACUUCUUAUACAGCUAUAGCAAUCAAGACAGUGGUAUUGGUGGAAAGAUAGGCACACAGAUCAGUGAAAGAAUGUAGAAAACUCAGAAGUAGCCCCAUGUAAGUACAGCCAACUAAUUUUUGGCAAAGGUGCAAAAUGAGCUCAAUGAAGGAAGUAGUCUUCAGCAGAUGGUGCUGGAGUGAUUGGAUAUCCAUUCAGAGGCCAAAAAAAGGAACCCCAAACUAAACUUCAUACCUUAUACAAAAAAUAAAAUGGACCAUAGGAGGAAACCUUCAGAACCUAGAGCUUGGUGAAGAGAUUAGACAUGAGAAAGUACAAUUCAUUAAGAAAAAAAUGAAUAAAUUUGACUUAACCAAAAUGAAAAGCUUUUGCUCCAACAGAGUCCCUAUUAAAAGAAUGAAGAGAAAAGCUACCGACUGGGAAAAUAUUUUCAAACCCCGUAUCUGAUAAAGGGCUCACAUCUGGAAUACAUAAAUAACUGUCGAAACUCAACGGUAAGAAAGAAAAUCCAAGUCGAAAAUGGGGAAAAGACCACGAAGAGACAUUGCACCGAAGAGGAUCUAUAAAUGGCAAAUAAACACGUGAAAGAUGCUCAACAUCACUAGCCAUUAAGGAAGUGCAAAUUAAGACCAUGGGAGCUGUAGUUUCAUACCUCUUAGGACAGCCUAAAAAUAGUGAUAAUGCCGAAUGCUGACAGGCUGUGGAGAAGCUGAAUCUCUCCUACAUAGUUGGCAAGACUGUAAAUGGUACAUCCACUCUGGAAAAUAGUUUGGCAGUUUCUUCAGAAACGAAGCAUAUACUUAACAUAUAACCCAGCAAACAUGUUCCUGGGCAUUUAUUCCAGAGAAAUAAAAACCCUGUCCAUACAAAUGGACAUAGCAAAUACAAAAACUAUAUACACAAAUGUUCAUGGCAGCUUUGUAAUUGACCAGAGCUAGAAAAAACCAAAAUGCCACAUGCAUUGUUGCUUAAUGAAUACUAAAUAAUUUGAAUUUCUGUUCAGGAUACAUCAGUUUUUAAAAAAUGAGCACAGAUCUUCAGCUUAAUGGGGGUGGCCAAGUCAUCAUCAGACAAAGAUCUGUCCUUCAGUUUGGAAUUAAAAUAUUGCACAAAAAUGGGUGAAAUAGGGUGGAGGGUAUAGCUCAGUGGUAGAAUGCAUGCUUAGCAUUCAGGAGGUUGUGAAUUCAACCCCCAGUAAUUCCAUUAAAAUAAAUGACCUCUCCCCCACAAAAAAGAACUUUUUUAAAUGGGUGAAUAAGUAAGUUUGAUACUAAAUUUCUAACAUGUGGCAUGCAGUCUAUGAGGGUUUUCCUUUACUUGGUCCUGCACUUUUGGGGAUAAUGGAGUGGAAAAUUAAGUAAGUUUCUAUUCUGUGAAAAAACCCCACAAAAUGCCCUUCAGUAAGUGUUAAGCUGUGUUGUAAUCAUACUGUGGAGAUACUACUAAGCAAUAAAAAGGAGCCAGCUGUUGGUAGAGGGUAUGGCUUGGAUGAAUUUCAGGGGCAUUAUGCAGGGUGAAAUAGGUAGGCAGGUAGGAAAGAUAGAUAGCUCACAAACUGUAUGAUUCCCUUAUCUAUAGCAUUCUUGAAAUGACAGAAUCAUGGAGAUAGGGAACAGAUUUGUGGUUACCAGGGGUUAGGAAUGGUAGGAGCAAGUGUGACUAGAUACAAAGGGGUAGUUUGAAAUAAAGGAGAUCUUUGUAGUGAUAGAGUAGUUCUCAGCUGCAGUGGUGAUACACAAAUCUACACACGUGAUAAAAUGGAACUAUACACACACAUUGUGCUGACAUCCAAUUUCUGGUUUUGAUACUGUGCUAUAGUUAUGGGAGAUGUAACCACGAGGGGAAGCAAGGUGGAUGGUCAGCAGGACUGCUCUGUGCUUUUUAAACUUCCUAUGAACCUAUAUUUCAAAAUAAAACAUUUUAAAAUAUU